AUGUCAAAAGACGAUGUGAUUCUGAGGAGUUUCAGUGUCCCCGCGAAGGCGUCCACAAUCAGCUUCACUCUGCCGGAAAGUUGGCGGCUGAUCGAAUGGCUGGGAUCUGGCGCAUAUGCAAAUGUCGCCGCCUUCCAGACUGAGACUGGCAGGGAAUACGCUGUGAAGAAGGUGGAACGAGUGUUUGACCAUCCAGUACUUGCGCUUAGAACACUCCGAGAGGUCAGGCUACUGGCCCAUUUGCAGCACCCCAACCUGCUGCACUUGCAUGAGCUGGUCCUGGAUGGACCGGAUUUCCAGGAUGCUUACCUUUGCUUGGAGAGGAUGGAUGGUGACUUGCAUGUGCUGAUCCAUGGGUCCAAAAAUUAUUUGAGUGACCACCAGGUCCAGUGUGUGCUUUACCAAAUGCUUCGAGGAUUGCUUUGCCUUCGCUGCGCGCAUGUGAUUCACCGAGACUUGAAGCCUGGCAACGUCUUGGUGCGGGCUGGGGGCCAGGUAAAGAUUGCAGACUUGGGCAUGGCUCGCGGGAUCGACUCGAAAGAGGACAGCCAUGACGAUAUGAUGCUCACGGAGUAUGUUGUAACACGACACUAUCGGGCACCCGAGGUAGUGUUGACCGCUUCCAUGUAUACGUACGCCGUCGACAUGUGGUCAGCAGGCUGCAUCCUCGGCGAGAUGCUCACACGAAGGUGCAUCUUUGAAGGAAAAGACUCCUUAGAUCAAGUCAGGAAGAUUCUUGGCACUUUGGGCUUCCAGGCUCCCGAGGACUUAGACUGGAUCCCAGACUCGAGCCCUGCCAAGAAGUUUGUAGAGAUGUGUAAUUCUAAAACAGCGCAAGCAAGUCAUGAGGGCCUACGGAACAUCGUCUCGCGCUCCGGUCAGCCAACCAAUGUUUUGGCAGCUGACAUGACGGUCCAAAUGCUACGCCUGGACCCAUACAGGCGCCUGACGGUGGAAGAUGCUUUGGAGCAUGGCUAUUUGUCAGCUUUCCAGGCUGUUGACGACCAGGAAGUUGCUGAUGCAAAAGCAGUGCCUGCCAUGGACUGGUCCUUCGACAAAGCGCUUUGCUUCGAUCACCAGACAGGGAAACCCAAGCCGUUUGAGGCAAGCGCCUUUCGGCGAGCCUUUCACGAGGCCCAAGGCCAACUGCAAGGCAAUGUUCCGAGGUAG